CCGGGCGCACAGGCCUGAGCGAGCGAGCGAGUGAGCGGGUGCCAAGCAGGAGACCCGCGGUGCACACCUUGCGCCCGGCCCGCCUGCUGCUCACAGUCCCUCCACGUACCCACAGGAGGCCCAGACUCAGCGGGGCGGGUGCAAGCGCGGGGCGGGGCCUCUGCGUCCGGUCCCAUCUCCGCCUGCAAAACGAGCAGCUGGCUCCAGGCUCCAACGCGCCUUCCAGCUGCCUGACUGCCUCUUCGCCUCUCCCGUCAUUUCUUGGCUCGAAAUGGACCCCAACUGCUCCUGCGCCACUGGGGGCUCCUGCUCCUGUGCCAGCUCCUGCAAGUGCAAAGAGUGCAAAUGCACCUCCUGCAAGAAGAGCUGCUGCUCCUGCUGCCCCAUGGGCUGUGCCAAGUGUGCCCAGGGCUGCGGCUGCAAAGGGGCGUCGGAGAAGUGCAGCUGCUGUGCCUGAUGUGGGAACAGCCCUGCUCCCAGAUGUAAACAGAGCAACCUGUACAAACCUGGAUUUUUUUUUUCAUACAACCCUGAGCAUUUGCUACGUUCCUUUUUCUAUUAAAUAUGUAAAUGACAAUAAAACAGUUUUGACUUGA